UCAUGUUGAUUGCUGAUUCUUAUGUGGCACAUGUCUGUUCGAACCGAGUUAGACGUUCUUGAGACAUAUUACGAACAAAUUCCGAAAUUUCAUCAGGCCUGUUUGUAAAGGCUUCAUGUAUGUUUCUGUAAAGGAUAUGGACAUGGAGAGCCGAACCAGGGCCUCUUACCAGUAAACGCAAGGAACGUUAACUCUGACAAAGCGCUGGGCAGACUUCACAAGAGACCAUGGGGUGCAACUGCAGCUCUGACUACUAUGAUGAGGACUGGCAGGAGCACCUGGAUGAAAAGUGUGAUCAGUGCAACUGCCCUCUCCCUCCAGACUCUCUCAAUCCGUACAAAGAUGACCCCAGUGGCUACCCAACCCAGUACGAUCCACCACCAACCUCUCCUCUAGAUCUACUUGGUGUCUGUUCCGCAGACGAGCUGGUUGUUGCCCUGCACUCCUAUGAGCCCAGCCACAGCGAUGACCUGGGUUUCGAGAAGGGCGAGAAGCUGAAAAUCCUCGACAGAGAGGACCCUGAAUGGUUCAUGGCAGAGUCCUUGAUCACGGGAGAGAGGGGCUACAUCCCAUACAACUUUGUGGCCAAGUUUAACACCAUUGAGAUCGAGCCCUGGUUCUUCAAGAACCUGUCUCGAAAUGACGCCAACAGGCAGCUCCUGGCUCCGGGGAACACACAGGGCUCGUUCCUUAUCCGAGAGAGUGAGACUACCCCAGGUAGCUUCUCCCUGUCUGUGAGGGACAUGGACCAGAACUCAGGAGACGUGGUCAAGCACUACAGGAUCCGUAACAUCGAUAGUGGCGGCUACUACAUCACCACCAAGAUCUCGUUCGCGUCUCUGUCGGAGCUGGUGAAGCAUUACUCACGAGAUGCAGACGGCCUGUGCACUCGGCUGGUGAAGCCCAGUCAGACGCGUAUGCCUCAGAGGCCCUGGUGGCAGGAUGAGUGGGAGGUGCCGCGAGAGUCCCUCAAGCUGGAGCGUCGGCUGGGGGCCGGCCAGUUCGGUGAAGUGUGGAUGGGCGUGUACAACAACAACAGAAGGGUGGCCAUCAAGUGCCUGAAGGCGGGGACCAUGUCCAUCAGUGCGUUCCUGGCCGAGGCCAACCUCAUGAAGGCCCUGCAGCACGCUCGCCUGGUGCGCCUCUUCGCCGUGGUCACGGCGGAGCCCAUCUACAUCAUCACCGAAUACAUGGAGAACGGCAGUUUGGUGGAUUUUCUAAAGACUCCAGAAGGCAUGAGGCUUAACAUGAACACGCUCAUAGACAUGGCCUCACAGAUCGCAGAGGGCAUGUCUUACAUCGAAUGUAAAAAUUACAUCCACCGAGAUCUGCGAGCAGCAAACAUCCUCGUGUCACACGAUCUCAUCUGCAAGAUUGCUGACUUUGGCCUGGCUCGACUCAUAGAGGACAAUGAGUACACAGCAAGAGAUGGUGCUAAAUUCCCCAUCAAAUGGACUGCCCCAGAGGCGAUAAACUAUGGAACCUUCUCCAUCAAGUCAGACGUCUGGUCUUUUGGGGUCCUGCUAACUGAAAUUGUGACAUACGGACGGAUCCCUUACCCAGGAAUGACUAACCCAGAGGUGAUCCAGAACCUGGAGCGUGGCUACCGCAUGCCCCGACCAGAGAACUGUCCAGAUGGUCUCUAUGACAUCAUGCAGCACUGCUGGAACGAGGCCCCCGAGGCGAGGCCCACCUUUGAGUACCUGAAGGGAGUCCUGGAGGACUUCUCCACAGCCACCGAGAGGCAGUACCAGGAGGGCGUGUAACAGCAUGCUGUUCUAGUGAGCAGUUCAGUGUCCAGAUAUGCUGCCGGGCAAAAGGAUUAGGCCCACUAUACUCAGGGUCCUGGAUUGAAAUGACUUUUCAUACAAAAAGGGCAAAAAAUAAAUUACUGUCAGCUGUUUUUGUGUGCCACUUUAUGUUCAGUUAUUCAUUUACAACAAACUAUUUAGACUUUUU